UGAUGUUUUCACUGGCGCAUGACGCAUACAUCGUGAUAGUGGUCCACUAUACAUCCUGUAUAAUUUUAUAUUUUAUGUUAUAAAAGCAAGAAAAUCAAAUACAGUUAUCUGAUAUUUAUUUUGAAAAUCUGGUAUAAAUAUGAACAAUCAAGAAGUCAAUGGCAAGAUGGAACUUCAUAUAAAAGGAUUGAUUGCAGCCCCAUAUGCACCAUUCAAAGAAGAUGGGUCAUUAAAUCUUCCAAUUAUAGACCUGUAUGUUGAUCACUUAGUAGAUGAAGGAGUUUUCUCCGUUUUUGUUAACGGAUCAACUGGUGAAGGGGUUUCUAUGAAUGUGGAGGAAAGAAAAAAAGUGGCUGAAAAAUGGGUUGAGGCAGGCAGAAAUAAACUUACUGCUGUUAUAGUACAUGUUGGCGCACACAGUAUUCAAGAUGUCAAAGAACUGGCCAGACAUGCUGCAACCAUAGGAGCCACAGCAAUUGCUGCCAUGCCAACCACUUUUUUCAAACCAUCAACAGAAGUACGGGUUGCUUCAUAUCUGGCAGAGAUUGCAUCAUCGGCACCAACGUUACCUCUCUAUUAUUAUCACAUUAAUGCCCUUACAGGUGUAAAUAUAUCUGUUGAGAGACUAUUUGAAGUGAUUGAUAAUGAAGUUAAUGUACCAACAUUUCGGGGUGUCAAAUUUACAUCACCUGACUUGUUGGAUUACGGCCGUUGCAUUGCGUACGGGAAGUAUGAUGUCAUGUAUGGCUUAGAUGAGCAACUACUACCUGCCUUGUCUUUAGGAGCGGAAACAUUUGUCGGGAGUACAUAUAAUUAUGCAGGAAAACUGUAUAAUGGUAUCAUUGAAGACUACAACAAUGGAGACAUGGUGGCAGCCAGACAGGGACAGUUUAAAAGUCAUGCAUUCAUUAAAGUUCUUUUAAAACAUACAAGGACUGGUGUUGACUUUUGCAGCAUUACCAAAGCUUUAAUGGUUCUCUGUGGUGUGGAUGUCGGGCCUGCAAGGACUCCCAUGAAUAAUAUGAGCAAAGGUCAAAUCUUGCAACUCAAACACGAUUUACAAGAAGUAGGGUUCUUUGAAUGGAAAUAAACAGUACCAGUAUUGCUGCUAGUCAUCAGUAUGUCUGGAAAACUAUAUUAAGAUACAUGUAUUUUUAAUGCAAGUAAUAAUUCCAGAAAAUGUAUGAAACUCCAUUUUAACAUUUCUUUUUUUUUAAAUGUUUAAAGCAUGGUGCUAUAGAUUUGUUUUGGCAUAUACCGGUACUACUGUGUCACAGUAUAGUGUUUUAGUAGUCACCUGGCUUGGGAUCAAGUAGUUGAAUAAGCCAGCAG